AUAAACAAAAUUAAUUUUUGAUGUAUUUUCCAAAUUAUCUAAUCUUUUAGUUCUAAAUUUUUGACAUUGCUUCUAAAAUGAGUCAUGCAAUUGGUCCCGGGCCGGGAGCUUAUAGGUUGGCCGGUUUAACAGGCUACGAAAAUCAUGAUGUCACUAGAUAUCGGAAUCCGGAAUAUUCAUUUGGUUUACGACCACCAUUGUCUUUUACGAAGCCUUACGGACCUGGACCUCGAUAUGAAUUAUGUAAAAUGACUCGUUUUGGUAAAGCCACAGAACCUGAAUAUACAAUGGCACCGAAACUGCCAAUAAAAAGGGAGACAGGUACUCCGGGACCAGGCGCUCAUUGUCCAGAGAAAGUACCACCUAUGAAAGGUAAAAGACCACCUGAAUGGAGCAUGGGAAAAAGAGUAGGAAUGAGAGAUACUUUCAAAUCACCUGGACCCGCCUCAUAUGCAUUACCUUGUGAAACUUCUUAUCCGUAUUACACUAUGGCUAAACGAUUACCACCGCCAAAAAUACCAGGUAACAGUUCACCAGGUCCGGCUAAUUAUGGAUUAUGUUCAGCAGAUGUUUAUAAAUCAAAACCUCCUGAAUAUACAAUGCGACCAGCAUUAAAACCAAAACCUUUACAAAGUUACAAUCCUGGCCCAGCUGCUUAUUGUCCAAAUUUAUAUGUAAACAAAUCUACGCCACCACAAUACACAUUUGGUACAGUAUGUCACAAGAUUCCAUUAAUAACUGCUGAAGAUAAUUAUCCAUGCGAAGAUUACGAUGUAUAUGUUGAUGAUGAUCAGUGUUGAAUUUUACUUUAAAAAUGUAUCUAAAGAAAAUACGGCUUUUUUUCUUAUAUUGUGUACGUACUUUAAUUUUCGAAAC